AUGUCGUUCAAGGGGUUUCGCGGUCCAAAGUCUCAAGCUAGCGGUGGCCCGGGAGGCCAUGGACAGGGAGGCCGUGGACAGGGAGGUCGUGGACAGGGAGGUCGUGGACAGGGAGGUCCAGGUCGUGGUCAAGGCGAUCGAGCUGGCCCGUCAAUCUUCAGCCCCGGCUACGAUGCUGCUCCGGAUACAGGGGUUGCUGAUACUGAGAACGCUCUCAUCAAGUCCUUCACGGGGCCUAGCAGUACUCCGAUAGACCCCAUGAUGCCGCGGCGCCCAGGGUUCGGUACCCGAGGACAGAAGGUGGUGCUGUGGGCUAAUUCGUUCCCGUUGGCAUUCAAGGAAGAUGUUCGCCUUUACCGGUACAAUGUCGAUAUCACACCAGGCACUGGUGCAGCAAAUGUUCCGACAGGGAAGAAGAAGAGGCGGGUGGUCCAGUUACUCCUCGACAACCAUUUCUCUGGUCACAGACUUGGUAUUGCGACGGAUUUUAAAUCUACUCUCAUAAGCGCAACGGAUCUUGAGCUGGGCGAGGAAGUGUAUCAGGUCCCGUAUCGCGGCGAUUUCGAGGACGAGCAUGCGGCUGGUGCACCAACUUACAAUGUCCGCGUGCAAUCAACGGGCAUGGUGAAUUUGCCUGCAUUGAUCGACUAUCUGACAUCCACCAAUGCUGGCGCAAUGCUAGGUUCGAAAGAUGAAGUCAUACAAGCCCUGAAUAUCGUUCUUGGGCACACUCCCAGGGCAGCUUUUGAUAUGGCAUCAAUCGGCUCUAGCAAGCACUUUCGUCUCACGGGCGGUACCGGUGAGAAGCUGGACAUUGGCAGUGGAUUAUGUGCUCUUCGCGGGUUCUUCUUCAGCGUCCGUGCAGCUACUGCCCGGGCCAUAGUCAACGUUCAAGUUAAAAGCGCGGCGUUUUACAAUGAAGGGCCUCUGGACAUGGUGAUGCGGGCGUAUCUACAAGACAACGGACAUAGUAGGGUUAAACUUGGCAAUUUUCUCAAACGACUAUCGGUCAACGUGACACAUAUCAAGAGAACAAAUAGACAAGGCCAGGUGGUCCCACGAGUUAAACAGAUUUUUGGCCUGGCUACUCAGCAAGACGGCCAGGGUGACCCAACUCCUCCAAAGGUCAGUUCGUUUGGCGCAGGGCCAAAGGACGUCCUCUUUUACCUUGGCGACCCUAGUAGUACCGAAAAGUCCAAGAAGGGGAAGAAGGCUGAAAAAGGUGGACCUUAUCCUCCUGUGUCCAAAAAUGGAUAUAUCAGUGUAUACGACUUUUUCCGGCAAAGGUAUCAGAUCACCAUCAAAGACCCAAGUCUUCCAGUUAUCAACACGGGAACUCGCCAGCGACCAUCCUACCUCCCCGCCCAGACGUGCUUUGUUCUUCCUGGUCAGCCUUCGAAGGCUAAAUUGAGUCCGAUGCAGACCCAGAAUAUGAUCAAGUUUGCAGUCCGCAAGCCCGUAAUGAACGCGGAAUCGAUUGUCACGUCUGGGCUUCAAACACUCGGUGUAGGGGGCGAGGCUUCGAAUCUGGGCACCUUGGGAAUGAAUUUGACUCCGAGAUUACUUGCGGUGCCUGGACGUGUGUUGAAUAGCCCCGACGUCAAAUAUGGAGGGAAUGGAAUGGUAAGGCCAACGUCUGGCAGCUGGAAUAUGUCGUCCAUGAAGUUCUCCGCCGCCUCCCAACUAACGUUUUGGACUUUCUUGUGGUUGUCGUAUCCUGGCGGCAGGGACCCAUGGAAAGACAAUGCUGCCCUGAAGCCUACAGUCGAUGCCUUUACCGAUACUCUUCGCCAGACCGGCAUUAACGUCAAUGACUGUACUCUGGGCCAGCACAUCGUUGUGAAUGACGUGGACCAGGAUAUCGACACAGCGGUCAAAAAGUUUACCGCUAGCCCAAAGCCUCCCCUUUUUAUUCUUGUGAUUCUUCCAGCGGCCGAUACCGCCAUUUACAACCGAGUGAAAUAUGUCUGCGAUGUCAAGGAGGGCCUGCCAAACAUCUGUGUCGUUGCUAAUAAAUUUGCAAAACCCAGAAAUGACCAAUACUUCUCCAAUAUCGCCCUCAAGUUGAACCUCAAACUUGGCGGCCGGAACCAGCUCCUGGAUGCUGCCAGACUUGGAAUUGUAUCCGAAGGCAAGACUAUGGUAGUCGGCCUGGACGUGACGCAUCCGUCUCCAGGCUCGUCUCCUGACGCACCCAGUGUGGCAGCCAUUGUUGCUUCUGUGGAUAAGAGUCUUGGACAGUGGCCUGCGGACUUGAGAAUUCAGCCAGCGCGGCAGGAAAUGGUAGCGAGUUUGGACCUCAUGCUGAGAUCACGGCUGGAUCUCUGGAAGAAACAUAAUGGGUCGUAUCCAGCCAAUAUCCUGGUUUACAGAGACGGCGUAUCGGAAGGCCAAUACAAUCUGGUGCUUGAGAACGAGCUGCCCGCGCUGCGCAAGGCCUGCAGAGAGCUGUACUCGCCGGACUCUACAAAGAAGGGCAUUCCCCGGUUGACAAUUGUCGUCGUCGGGAAGCGUCACCAUCACCGCUUCUACCCCUCGAGGGCAGAGGACGCCGACAAGUCAACAAACCCGCGGAACGGAACAGUGGUUGACCGCAUCGUCACCGAAGCACGUCACUGGGACUUCUUCCUCCAAGCACACGCGGCAAUCCAAGGCACCGCCCGUCCGGCACACUACUACAUUAUCUAUGAUGAGAUUUUCCGCGACACGAACGUCCGGCCGCCGUUCAAAAACGCAGCCGACGCCCUGGAGGACCUCACACAUAAUAUGUGCUAUCUGUUUGGGCGUGCUACCAAGGCUGUCAGUAUCUGUCCGCCAGCCUACUACGCUGACCUCGUUUGCGAGAGAGCGCGGUGCUAUCUGAGCAGGCUUUUCGACCCAUCACCGGUAGUUAGUCCGGAGCCCAGUGUAAUGGGCGGUGCAGGUGGAGUAUCGAUGACCCCGGAUUCCAGUCUCGUGGCCAUCCACGACAGAAUUCGCCACACGAUGUUCUAUAUCUAA